AUGCCUCCGCUAUUUAUAAAAGGUUUCAAAUUUGAUCAUGUGUGGCAUACUAUAAAAGAUUUUGAAAAAUUUAAGGAUAACAACAAUAGUACAAGACAAUCACCAUUUUCUGAUAAUUUAGAAGAUCAUAAUAUUGGUGGUUCUUCACGGCCCAUUGGAGUCAAAAAAGCUAAAUUGAAGAGAAAAAUGGCCGAGCAAUUUUCUACUAUUGUUAGCAUUAAAGAACAAAAUGAUAAGGUUAUAGAGUUGCUUGAAAAGUCCGGUUCGGAUAGGCAAGAACAAAUGAAAAUGCAAAACGAGCAAUUUCUCUUUCGAAAAGAGAAAGAAGAAAACAAAAUAUUAUUCAUAGACUUGAAUACUAUUUCUAAUCCGAGAAUUCGGGCCAUUACUCAAGCUGAGCAAGAGAAAAUAAUUCAAAAAAGAGAGCAGCAACAAAUGUCACCGCAACAAGAUAAUUUUAGCCAAUAUUUUCAUGAUAUUGGUGGAUCGAGGGGCAAUUUACCAGAUUAUUAA